AAUCACCUCUACUUCACUCACCUUGCGUCUUCUUCUUCUCUCUCUUUCUUUCUCAAGUUAUAGCUUAGCAGUCUCUCACCAGAGAGUCUAACCUCACAUCACACAUCCGAACAAACAUUGAUACAGUGAUAGGGAAGAGAAGAGAGUGAGAGAGAGAGAGAGAAAAAAAGAAGCUAAAAUGAAAGAAGAAGCUUUGGUGACGGAUGAUCCAGCAAUGACCUUUGAAGAGGUUUCUAUGGAACGCAGCAAGAGCUUCGUUAAGGCGUUACAGGAGCUCAAGAACUUGAGGCCUCAGCUUUACUCGGCUGCUGAUUACUGUGAAAAGUCUUAUCUUCAUAGCGAACAAAAGCAAAUGGUACUGGACAAUUUAAAGGACUACACUGUAAAGGCUCUGGUUAAUGCUGUUGAUCACCUUGGAACUGUUGCUUCCAAGCUUACUGAUCUCUUUGAUCACCAAAGCUCAGACAUAUCAACUAUGCAGUUGAGAGCUUCUUGUGUUAGCCAGCAACUGCUAACAAGCCGGACAUAUAUAGACAAAGAAGGUCUUAGACAGCAACAGCUAUUAGCAGUUAUCCCAGUGCAUCACAAGCACUACACACUACCCAAUUCUGUUAACAAGCGGGUACACUUUAGUCCUCUCAGACGCACAGACACAAGACAGAAUCAUUAUCAAGUAGAUAUAUCCCGUCUUCAACCUUCAGAUGCCCCUUCAUCGAAAUCACUCUCCUGGCAUUUAGGAUCAGAGACAAAGUCUACCCUAAAAGGAACAACCACUGUUGCAUCAAGCUCGAAAGAUUCAAAAGCUUUUGUAAAGACAUCUGGAGUGUUCCAUCUUUCAGGUGAUGAAGAAAACAUAAUAAACAAGAAGCCUUUUGUCGGAGGUUCUCAGGUCUCAGGUGUUCCUGCAACAUCCACCAUCACAAGGCAGACAUACGGCGUUGCCCAUAAGGCUGUGGAAGUUCCCAAACUUACGACGGCACACAAGUCACAUGACAACCCACGAGGAGAGAUCAUUCAAGCCCCUGUACGGACCAAAAGUGUUAUGUCUGCGUUCUUCGUUAAACCGAAAACUCCAAAGCUCAAAGCUGGUUACGUCUCGUGAAACACCAAACUGAGAAGGAAAUUUCCAAUAUCAUCAUCCUACCCUUCUUUUAUUUUUACAACACGUUCGUCUCUUUUCAUGUAGUUGAUCUUAGUUCCAACAUCAGUGUACGAAGUCAAAUAAGACAUGAUUAAUUGAUUAUGGUCCAUGAAUAACAAAACUGGGUAAGAUUAAUCAAGAAUAAAUGUGUU